AUGUUUGGGAUCCAGGACAACCUGCCCCGUGGGGCCACGGCCAACAUGAAGGAGGAGCCACUCGCCGUUCGCUCCUGGAUGCACUCGGCCGGUGUGGUGGACGCCAACACGGCUGCUCAGAGUGGGGUGGGAUUAGCUCGCGCUCACUUUGAGAAGCAGCCGCCGUCCAACCUGAGGAAGUCCAAUUUCUUCCACUUCGUGCUGGCUCUGUACGAUCGCCAGGGUCAGCCCGUUGAGAUCGAACGCACUGCCUACGUCGACUUUGUGGAAAAGGAGAAGGAGCCGACGGGAGAGAAGACCAACAACGGGAUCCACUACAAGCUGCAGCUGCUCUACAGUAACGGAGUGAGGACGGAGCAGGACCUGUACGUCCGCCUCAUCGACUCCAUGACCAAACAGGCAAUCAUCUAUGAAGGCCAGGACAAAAACCCUGAGAUGUGCCGAGUUCUGCUGACGCACGAGAUCAUGUGCAGCCGCUGCUGUGAUAAGAAGAGCUGCGGAAACAGGAACGAGACGCCGUCAGACCCCGUCAUCAUCGACAGGUUUUUCCUCAAGUUUUUUCUGAAGUGUAACCAGAACUGCCUGAAAAAUGCAGGAAACCCACGAGACAUGAGGCGAUUUCAGGUGGUCGUGUCAACAACAGUGAAUGUGGAUGGUCACGUUCUCGCUGUCUCCGACAACAUGUUCGUGCACAACAACUCCAAACAUGGCCGCCGGGCGCGGAGACUGGACCCGUCUGAGGGUACGCUUCUUUUUACUCUUUUUUCAGCCACUCCCUGCAUUAAAGCCAUCAGUCCCAGUGAGGGGUGGACGACGGGCGGCGCCACCGUCAUCCUGAUUGGCGACAACUUCUUCGAUGGCCUUCAGGUCGUCUUUGGCACCAUGUUGGUGUGGAGCGAGCUGAUAACCCCUCACGCUAUCCGAGUCCAGACUCCGCCCCGGCACAUCCCCGGAGUUGUCGAGGUCACGCUGUCCUACAAGUCCAAACAGUUCUGUAAAGGAGCGCCGGGACGCUUCGUCUAUACAGCGUUAAAUGAGCCUACCAUCGAUUACGGCUUCCAGAGGUUACAGAAGGUCAUCCCCCGCCACCCCGGAGACCCGGAGAGACUGCCGAAGGAGGUGCUGUUGAAGAGAGCAGCAGACCUGGUGGAGGCGCUCUACGGGAUGCCUCAUAAUAACCAGGAGAUCAUCUUGAAGAGAGCAGCAGACAUCGCUGAAGCGCUCUACAGCGUUCCCAGGAACCACAACCAGAUCCCAUCGCUAGGCAACACCGCCUCCCAUGGCAUGAUGGGAGUCAACUCUUUUAGUGGGCAGCUCGCCGUCAACGUCUCUGAGACAACGCAAGGUACGAGCGGCCCGAUAAAUCCUGCAGUCGGCUACAGUCGAAACACCAGCAGUGUGUCACCACGAGGAUAUGUACCAAGCUCCACCCCCCAACAGAGUAACUAUGGCAACACAGUCAGCAACAGCAUGAAUGGCUACGGAAACACAGGCAUGCCAAACCUUGGGGUGGCAACAUCACCCGGUUUCCUCAACGGGUCAUCGGCCAAUUCACCCUACGGCAUUGUUCCCUCCAGUCCCACCAUGGCCGUCUCUAACUGUAACUCCUCGCAUGGAGUUUUUUCCUUCUCGGCUGCCGUCAAACAGAAGAGUGCCUUCGCUCCCGUUGUUCGGCCGCCAGCUUCACCUCCUCCUCCACCCAACUGCUCCGCCAACAAUGCCAAUGGGCUGCAAGCCAUGUCCGGCCUCGUCGUUCCUCCCAUGUAGAAAACCUUCCUCCUCGUUCCUCACCUGUCUCCUCCCCCUCAGCCACGAGCACUAAUCACCUCAGAGGAGGAGGGACCUGUGGCCUAAGGAGGCGGGGUCUCUGGCAGCAGCCGGUCGUCUGUGACUGGGCCGAGCCUCUGGUCUCAAAGAAGAACCUGAGAAGGACUUUUUGUAGAGCAGCUUUCUGCAGGUGCUUUCAGCUGUCUGUAAUUAUUCUGAUGUUAUACUCUAUGUUUGGGGGCGGGGUCAUUCGAUAUAAAAACUGUGAUGUCACAUCCGAGACUUGACUUCACUUAGACUGCUUGUGAUGUAAUCUUAGUUGAAGAAAUGGGAAUCUAAAGAUGAGUGAGAUUAAAGGCUUCAAAUUACAGGAAACAGUUCCAUCCAUCCAUCAAUCCAUCU